AUGUCUAGAACAAUUCAAAUAGUAAAUAUUAGUGGUUUCAAGCGAAUACGACGAACAAUAUCUUCUCUCAACCCAUCGAUUGAAAAAAGUGAAGGGCAAUUGGAUAAUAGUAUUGAUGAUUCUAAAGAAGAAUGGUACCUUUAUCGCUGGGUAAAUGAACAAAAUGGAUUGAGUGAGAAAAAGACAGAAACAACUGUUCAAAAUAUGGAAUACGAGGUUUAUGACGAAGACUUUUUGGAGGAUUUUAACAUCCAAAGAUUCCAAAAGGAACAAAAAAACAGAGAAAGUAAAGUUCUUCGCACGCCUCGGAGAAACCAUCGCUCACAGCCAUAUUCAAAAAAUUGA